AUGGGCAUAAACUUCUCUAACAGCCUAAGUACUGAAAAGUGCAAACCUUGUGGAGUCUGUUCAGGGAAGCACAAGCAUGUCUCAGCUGAAUGUACCCCAUCUAGUGAUGUGCAAUGUGAAUGUGACAAUGGAUUUUAUCAAAACAAAACAACCCAUGAAUGUCAGUCAUGUGAUUCCUGUUGCUUCACAGAUGCUGAUGAUGACAUCAUUGAAAAAUGUCAGAAAGAUGCAGAAAUCAAAGAGGAUGAACAAUCUAUGUUCAGCCCCUCUACAGUCAUUGCAACAUCCUCAUCUUUAUUCAAAUCAAUCAAGAUCCAUACAGCUAUAACUCCUUUUCUUCAAGGCUUCACUAGUAUUUCAGUUCCUUCAAGGACCCAGCCAAUCCAAUCUUCAUCAACAAGUGUUUCAUCUGCAAAUCAAAAGCAUGAUGUGGUACCUACAGAAAGUGUGAUCAUUAUGCCUGUACACAAAACAGUACAUGAACAUGCUGAAAGCAUGAGGUGGAUCAAAGGAAUGGCAUACAUUCUGGGUGUUUUUAUUUUCAUCAUACUAUGUUGUUUUUUAAUCUAUCUGUUUAAAAAGGUAAGGAAAAACAGACAAAGCAGAAGUGUACAAGUAGUCGAAUUUUCUCCUUUAAAUCAGAGUGAAGGAGACAGCCCUGAUACGAGAAGGAAGAUUAAUGGGCACUGCACCCAUGGUACUGAUGGAUCAAGAAGAAAUUCAAAUACAGUUUACUGUAAUAAAGAUCAUGAGGUUGUAACAGGAGAUCAGUUUGAGAACAUGGCUGAGAAAGACUCAGUUCAGAAAGGAAUUCCAUCAUCCCUUGAUGAUAAACCUUCAAAUUCCACAGAUAAAGGUCAGUGAAAUUAGGGAAAACUAAUUGUUCAUUAAUCUAAUUUUUCAAUUGAAUAAUUAGAAAUUUAAGGGUUAAUUACUGAGGCAAAAUCACGAUAGCUCUGGAGAAAUAUAACACAGUGCCAUUUGAAGUGAUUGUGAUCUCUAUAACAGAAACAAUCAUGUUAAGUAUUUUCCUUAUUUAUACAAGUAAUUCCAUAAUUAAUACUUUUUACUAUUUCCUCCUAUGAAGGAUAAAGUCAUUUAUUUUGUUUCUGUUUGGCAAGAAAUAUUUUAGAAUUCAAGUCUCUAGCCUUCAAAAUGAUUCUUCACAGAAUGAGAUCCUCACUUACAGUGAAUUUUGACAAAGUAAACUCCUGGUCUACAAACCUACAAGAAAGCUUUUAGAUAUGAAAUUUUGUCACCACUGUUAGUGACAUGUCUCAUAAUUUAUUUGAAAAUGUGAUGCUAAUUUUUUCAUUUUUGAUUUUGAUCCAUUAG